CCAUUCCAAACUAAUUGAAAAAUCUGUAACAACAAGAAUACAAAUACAAACAUGUGUAUGACAUGCACAGCGUCUCUUCCCUUUGAACUCCAUUUCUCAAACAACUAAGAAAAAAGAAAAAAGAAAAAAAUCUAAGUAGUUCUAAUUCAAUUUUUUUAAAAUUUUUUAUGGGGAAAUUCGAUUUGUGUUACGUUCCAUUGUUCGUAUUCAUACUUGUUGUUUAUAGUGUAGUAAAGGUGGAAAGUGAAGGUGUGAUCAGAGUGAAGUACAAAUUUUCCGGGUCGGAAAGAAAUUUGCGUGCCCUAAAAGCUCAUGAUGAAAUGCGUCAUCUCCGAAUUCUCGCCGGCAUCGACCUCCCUAUCGGCGGCUCGGGUCGACCCGAUUCCGUCGGGCUUUACUUUGCUAAGAUUGGGAUUGGAACACCUCCAAAUAAUUAUACUGUUCAAGUGGAUACAGGAAGUAACAUAAUGUGGGUUAACUGCAUUGCAUGUCAAGAAUGCCCCACAAGAGGCUAUCAUGGUCUGGAGCUAACACUCUACAAUCCAAAGGAUUCUCUCACUGGUAAACUCAUUCUUUGUGGUCAAUCAUUUUGCAAAAACAUCAACAGAGGUUCAGUACCAGGCUGCUUUGGUAAUAGUCCUUGUAAUUAUAAACAAGUUUAUGGAGAUGGAAGCUACAGCAAUGGCUACCUUGUGGAGGAUGUUGUCCAAUAUGAUCAGGUGUCAGGUGAUCUCCAAACUAAAUCAGCAAAUGGGAGUGUUAUUUUUGGGUGUAGUGGUUCACAAUCUGGGGACCUGAGUUCCUCUGAUGAAGCUUUUGAUGGGAUUCUUGGAUUUGGGAAAUCAAACUCAUCCAUACUUUCCCAGCUGGCUUCAUCUGGAAAAGUGAAGAAUAUGUUUGCACACUGCUUAGAUGGUGUGAAUGGUGGUGGUAUUUUUGCCAUUGGGAAUGUUGUGCAACCAAAAGUGAACAUGACUUCAUUGGUGCCUAACCAGCCACAUUACAGUGUCGAUAUGAUGGCAGUUGAAGUUGGUUAUCAGUUUCUAAAUCUGUCUGUUGAUGUAUUGAUGAAUGGAGAGAACAAUGGAGUAAUAAUUGAUAGUGGAACAACAUUGGCUUAUCUUCCUGAGGUGAUUUAUGCUCCACUAGUGAAAAAGAUACUCUCCUGGCAACCUGAUCUGAAAUUGCGUAAAGUUCGUGAUGAGUAUACAUGCUUUAAAUACUCUGAAAGUGUUGAUGACGGAUUUCCGCAAGUCAUUUUUCAUUUCAGAAAUUCUCUAUCUUUAAGAGUUAGACCCCGCGAGUAUCUGUUCCCGUUUGAAGAUUUAUUUUGCAUUGGAUGGCAAAAUAGUGGUAAUCAAUCAAGGGAUAAAUGGAACCUUAUGCUUUUUGGAGAUUUGGUACUAUCAAAUAAGCUUGUCCUGUAUGAUCUUGAAAACCAAACCAUUGGCUGGACUGAAUAUAAUUGCUCAUCAAGCAUUCAAUUAAAAGAUGAAAUAACUGGAUCAGUUCGUUUAGUAGGUGCUCACUCUCUGUCAACUGGUUCUCGUUUGACAGCGCACACGGCUCUAACAUCCUUGUUGUUAGUAGCUCUGCUGCACAAUUAUCUAUUCAACUGGUAAAAUCUGGUCAGUAUUAGCUUCUGGUACCCUGGAGAAGUAGAAUUCGUUGUGAAAAGAAUAGUUCAAUGUAUUGAUACAAUGCAGCUUGUGGCUGUCAAGCUGUGUGUGAAUAUUUACAUUCAGAAUGGACUGGAAAUGAAAAUAUAGAACAGAGUAACAGAUAA